ACUUGAUGUGUGACAUUAUAUAAAUAUAUUCAUACAAGUAUAUAACCUACCUUGGAACAAAAACAGUCUAUGCAUAUGCAUAUAUGUGUUAAGGAUCAAGAAGAUGGAAGGGAAAGUUUGUGUGACUGGUGCUUCUGGCUUUCUGGCUUCAUGGCUCAUCAAGCGCCUACUCCUCUCUGGUUAUCAUGUCACUGGGACUGUUAGAAAUCCAGACGAUCAUAAGAAACUGGCUCAUCUGUGGAAGCUGGAAGGGGCCAAGGAGAGACUUCAGCUAGUGAAAGCAGAGCUAACAGAGGAGGGCAGCUUUGAUAAUGCAAUCUUUGGCUGUGCUGGUGUCUUCCAUACUGCUUCUCCGGUCCUUGGUCGCCCUACCUCUGAUCCCAAGGCAGAAAUCUUAAAACCAGCAAUCGAUGGAACUUUAAAUGUGCUUCGUUCCUGCAAAAAGAAUCCAUCGUUAAGGCGCGUGGUACUCACCUCAUCCUCAUCAACUGUAAGAGCAAGGGAUAUUAGUAGCUCAAAAGUAGCUCUGGACGAGUCCUCUUGGAGUUCAGUAGAACUUUGUGAACAAUAUCAACUUUGGUAUGUUCUAUCCAAAACCAUGGCAGAGAAGGCUGCUUGGGAGUUCUGCAAUGACAAUAACAUUGACCUGGUCACCGUUCUUCCCUCCUUUGUCAUCGGACCUAGUUUGCCCCCACAUUUAUGUUCAACUGCAGCUGAUGUUCUUGGCUUGCUUAAAGGGGAGACCGAAAGAUUUCAAUGGCAUGGAAGGAUGGGAUAUGUACAUAUAGAUGAUGUGGCUUUCUGUCAUAUCCUUGUUUAUGAGCACGAAGAGGCCCAUGGCCGCUACUUGUGUAGCUCAACUGUCAUCGACAAUGAAGAACUCACGUCCAUUUUGUCUGCACGAUAUCCAGGCCUUCCCAUUCCUAAAAGGUUUGAGAAGCUUGAUCGGCCAUAUUAUGAGUUGGACACCACAAAAUUGAAGAGUCUGGGAUUCAAGUUCAAGUCUAUCGAGGAGAUGUUUGAUGAUUGCAUCGCAUCCCUAAAAGAGCAAGGCCAUCUUCAGCACUAAUCCAGUCUUACAGGCCAAAUGCCAGUCAAUUACCUCGUCGCUGUGGUUCAACGACGACUGAAUAUGCUAUAAAUAAAGAAGCGGCAAGCUUAUAUGAAACAUGAAAUGUAAAAUUGAUUUCACCAACAUGCAUCUACUGCAAAUUUCUUCUCUGUACUAAGUUUAUUUCUGACAGACCCGAACUUAAUAUACAGAAGUGGCUUUGUGAAAA